AUGGCGAUAACACCAGCAACCACAAAGCGUCGGGUCAGGCACUCCCUUCCCGCGGUCCUGAUGCGAGCCGGCACAUCGAAAGGCCUCUUCAUCCACCGGUCUCAUCUGCCACCAUCUGAAGUACAAUGGGCUACGCCGCUCCUCGCAGCCAUGGGUUCCAGAUACAACGAUGCCCGCCAGAUCGACGGCGUCGGAGGUGGAAGCAGCGUGACCUCCAAAGUUGCCGUCGUCUCCUCAUCCAGUAGACCAGGGGUGGACGUCGAGUACACCUUUGUCCAAGUUGCAGUCGGAAGCGAGACUGUUGAUCUCAGCGGGAACUGCGGGAACAUCUGCUCAGGGGUUGGUCCUUUUGCUGUGCAAGAGAGACUGGUCACCCCGAUGCCUGGUUCUCGAGUGGUCGACGUGCGGAUAUUCAACACCAACACAUCGAAACUCAUCGUCGAAACGGUCUACGUUGACGAAGGCGGAAACGCGGAGGAGGACGGGGAUUGCCUCAUCCCGGGCGUCAAGGGGCCCGGCAGCGAGAUCAAGGUUGCUUUCGUCGAGCCGGUGGGCAGCAUGACGGGCAAGCUAUUUCCCAGCGGAAAGCGGUCUGAAAGGAUGUUCGUGGAAGAAGUAGCUCCACUUGGCGACUUUGCCGUAGAUGUGACUCUCAUCGACUCUGCGAAUCCUUUCGUUCUUGUUGAUGCUCAGAGUCUACCCGCGGAAGUCAGAAAGCUGCCUCCAGACUCCCCUCUAUCCAUCGAAGUUGCCGAGGCCAUCCGGAGGCAAGGAGCUGUACGGAUGGGACUGGCCGAGAAUGUCGAGGCCGCCGGUCUAGUUAGGGGGACUCCGAAGCUUGCGUAUCUUUCGCCGCCAGUCGGUAUAUGGGUCAGCCUCAUCCGAGUCUGCAACUGA